AUGAUUCAGUGGAAUGAAUGGAAAUACGGUGCAUUUGUUCAGUCGAUGUAUAGCACAUUCCUUUCUUGGCUUACGGUACUAUCAGACGCCUCUUCUACCUGAAGGUGCAAAAGCUUUUAUCAACGGUCAUUGGGUUAAUGCAUUAUCGAACGUUACAUUUCAAGUAGUAAAUCCAUACAAUAAUGAAGUCAUUUGUGAAUGCACCAAUUGUGAUGCAAUCGAUGCGGAAAAAUCUGUGAAAGCAGCACGAGAAGCCUAUGGCGCAUGGUCAUUGUCCACAACCGCUAAAGAACGUGGUGCAAUACUUGAAAAUUGGCAUCACAAAAUGAUGGAAAAGAAGGAUGAAUUAGCUGAACUAAUUACUCUCGAAGAAGGCAAACCAUUAGAAGAAGCACGCGGUGAAAUUGUUUAUUCAGCAUCAUUUUUGAAAUGGUUUGGCGAGGAAGCCCGACGAGUAUAUGGACAAAUCGUAAACCCAACAUCGACACAUCGAGUACAUUUCCAUACUCGUGAACCGAUUGGCAUCGUUGGCAUCAUUACACCUUGGAAUUUCCCAUCGGCAAUGAUUACGAGAAAAGCGACAGCAGCACUGGCGGUUGGUUGUACGGUAGUUGUGAAGCCUGCCGAAGAUACACCGCUUUCAGCACUUGCUCUUGCACAGAUAGCCAAAGAAGCUGGCCUUCCAGAUGGUGUCUUCAAUGUUAUCCCAGCUGAUUUAAAGAAUACGGCGCAAAUAGCGAAAUUCUUAUGUGAAUCGACCGAUAUUAAUGCAAUUUCAUUUACAGGUAGCAUUGAAGUGGGAAAGCUUUUACUUUCGCUAUCAGCUAGCACGGUGAAACGAGUAUGUCUCGAACUAGGUGGUAAUGCACCACUUAUCGUAUUUCCGUCGGCUAAUCUUUCAAAAGCAGUUCAGGGAACAAUGGCAUCGAAAUUUCGAGGUUCAGGGCAAACAUGUAUAUCACCAAAUCGUUUUUAUGUGCAUUCCUCAAUUUAUGAUUCGUUUGUUGAGAAAAUGAAGCAUGCAAUGACGAAAUUGGUUACCGGGAAUGGUAUGCGACCAAAUGUCACCCAAGGACCCCUUAUAAAUGAAAGAGCUGUACAAAAAGUUGAACAGCUAUUAUCGAAUGCAACUCAAAAAGGCGCACGUGUGGUAUUGGGUGGAAAGCGUGAUCCUCAAAGUACCUGUUUCAAACCAACGUUAUUGAUUAACGUAACCAAUGACAUGGAUAUCGCUCACACUGAAAUAUUUGGUCCUGUUAUUGCUAUCCAGAAGUUAG